AGCCGCGGUGGGCGCCGGCGCGCUCGCGCCGCCCGGCGGCCUCGCCUGCACGCGUUGCGCGGCGCCCCCCCGGCCAUGAAGCUGUCCGUAGUGCACAUCCCGGACCUGCUCCUGAAGCUGGGGGCCGGCUGGUCGGAGUCGGAGCUAUGCCGUGUGCAGACCAUCAGCACCAGGCGGUGGCAGGUGGAGGUGCCGGAGGGCCCAGACCUGGCGCGCUUCACCGUCUGGCAGCUGAAGCGGCUCCUGGAGGACCAGCACGGGCUGAGCGCGGACGAGCAGGUGGUGCGCUUCCGCGGGCGCGCCCUGGACGACGCCGAGCCGCUGGUGAGCUGCGGCGUUGGCCCUGGCGCGGCGCUGCUGCUGGGCCUCCUGGGCGCGCAGCGGCAGGCGCCGGACGCGGCGGCCGACGGCGACGCGCCGGUGCGCUGCAAGGAGAAGGUGCAGGGAUCGCUGACGACGACCGAGGUCCGAGGAGG